AUGUCUUAUCGUCCAUUUCAGCACGUCGCGUUCGAGGAUGACCAGGAAGGGGAAGAAGAGCGAGCGAGCAGACUUGAGCGGGCGGAGCUGAGCAUGCGAAGGCUCCUGGCGAAUCAGAUCCGUGAUAUCUACGCGCUCCUCAAUUCCAUGAAAGGGCUCCCCGACGACGAAGGCUUGAAGGCCCUGAUAGCGGACGCGGAGCUUGCCACGUUCACGGCGUUCCAAAGGGAGAUAUCGGACCUUCACGAGAGCAUGCAGGAUAUGUUUGUUCAGAAGCUGAGAGAUCAGAUCGAGACGCGGAGGACUGAGAUCCAAAAUGAUGUGAACCAACAGAUAAUGACGCAGAGGAGGCGGUACUUGUCCAUUAUGCGAGCGUGGGAGCGACGGAAGUCGGAAACUUCAGCUCGCAAGCUCUCCAAGCACUUUCAUGUGGGUUGCAAACCUUCGAUUGCCGAUUGGACUUGCAUGCAAAUCUCUCCCGGCGUGAGCCCGUUGCCUCUUUGGCUCGCACGGCUGCGAUGCAAUGUGGUCGGACUGGACGCGGAUGAGGAGAUAGUUUACCGAGCGCAACACCGGGCAGCCUCUGCCGGCCUGAUUGAACGAUGUGUCUUCGUGAAAGGAGAGCUUUCGAGGCUUGCCCGAGAAGAACCCUUCUCCUUUCUUGACGUUAAACGUGCAUUGAAGAGAUUCGUCUCAGGAGGAUUCGCGGAGUAUUCCGAUGUAGUGAUGAGAAUGUUAGAGCAAGAGGCGCAGGGCUUGACACCAGCCGCUGCCCAGCACACCUCGUGCAAAACUCUGAUCCUGCAACAUAUCCUUCUGGAGCAGCGAAUAAGGGACGAGUCAAGACCUCUUUCCCCUGCUGUUCCCCAGCAGAAAACAAAGAGCUUUAACGGCGACUUUGACCUUGUUGUUGUACUGGAUGCUGGCAGCGCUGCAAGCAUUCUAGAAUCUCCAGAGCAGCUUGAGGGGAUGAGAAAGAUGAUAAAGCCCGGAGGUCUAUUGUUCCUUCUUUGCGGCAACAACAGAGAGCCGUCCGAUGGUGUUCCAUCGUUCUCCAAGCAGCAAGUCUGCAUGCAGUUUGCUCGCUCGUUUGAUCAGGAAGAGAUUUUUGAGACGAGGUUUGACAUGGAACAAGACCCGUCAUUCUCCUCCAAGCCUGUUCUUGCUUGGUGCGCUCUCUUCCGCCGUCGGCUUGAAUUGGAUGCAAGGUCUUGGAGGAGCGUCGAGGACGCCUGGGGUGAGCUGAACGAGGCUCUGCGACCUCGAGCAGCAGCUGCCGUAUCCUUCGAUUCCCUCAUCGACCUUCUCUUGCGAGAUGCCUGCCAAGUUCAGCGGCCCCUCACGAUCGCAGCGAUGAAUUGGUUGCGAAGGCUGCAGGAUGUGGCAGAGCAAACGAGGAGAGACAAGUUGUUCAAAGACGGGAGAGAGAUAGGAGUCGUUCUCUAUGACUGA